AUGCAGGUGGUAGCUGCCGAGUACAUUAACCAAUCAGCGUCCAGUUCCGAAGGUCAGGAGGUGACUGCGCGCAUGCGCAAAAACACUACAUCAGUUUUUGUUCAGCUCUCUUCGGAGCCCGCGUGCAAUAAACUUUCGGCUGAGAAAGGGCACUCGCCCCCAUUCCAAAGGUAUGAACCACAGCCCGCGAUAACUCUUCAUCUCCUCUCACUGCCAGCUUAUGUUGCUGUAUAUUCACUCCGGCCAGAUGAUAUUUUUAGCCUGCUUUCAGGGCAAUCAAAUGCCCUGCCGCGAAAGUAAACACGUAAUUUGCACUUUGACCCGAAAAAACUCGGUUCAGUUCAUGCGGUCUAAGGAUUGAUUAUUUCUUGGGCAGCAACCCGGUUUAGUACGUCGUAUAUCGCGCCUAAACUGCCCUCACAAUUACAUAAGCCAGGCCGAGUAAGAUCACGGAUCACACAUAAACGAACGCAAGGCUAGCUGUAUGACAAGAUGCCACUUUUCCCGACUGGCCGCACCAAUAUAAUUUUGCAACCACUGUCCAAGCAGGAGGCUGACUGAACCCCGAGACGUGAUGUGAACUCAGUCAACUGGCAUAUUGCUUUUGAGAGCGCACGCAGUCACCUCCGGACCUCCGGCACUGAUCGUUCAUUGGCUGAAUUGAUCUGGGAUGGUUACCUGUCUUAUUGCUACUGUUAUCUCUCGAGUGCCCAAGAAACCAAACGGUAUACGCAUGACGACCAAACAACUCGGCAGAAAGAUAAAAUACUAAUGGUAGAGGGGUGCUGAUCGAUCGUUCUUGCGGAACUCACUCGUUCCGUUGUGCCUUACGGGCUCUCUCUCGAGCCUAACCAGCAGCCGCAAAGUGGCGCAUGAUAUGGGCAGAAUGACAUUACCGACAAAGACAAGGGGUACUGGAAUGGCCAUUUCUGGCUUUUUAGCCGUCGUCAGCCAGUCAAACCCAACCCUGAGGUGUGGAACACCCGAGGCUCGAACUCGCUACCUAUUAGUUAGAAAUACACGCCUCUAACCGCCGGGCCACGAGACCGUUGUCCUUUCGGUUCCGGUCGGGAAUAUACAAUGGUAAGGGGGCUCUCAUCGACUAAAUUCAGAAUCAGAAUAAUUUUAACCACUAACUUUGGUUUUGAUCAUCCUUAAAAAUCAGAGCCAGUCAAAAAAGUAGCCUGUGAAAAUCCGACUGAGGAUGUUUCUAAAUUGUCGACGAAAGAAUGCAAUUUCGGUAGCAAAUAUACUAAGUGGGCUAACUGACGUCUACUGAGACGACCAUUUAGAGACGAUGAUAAGACCGAUUGACAAAAUAUGUAGAAGCACCAAGCAUGGACGUGUGACAGAAGCUGCUAUGUUUUACUGGUCUCGUGAUUUGACAUAAGUGGAUUGAAUAGUUAUUAUGGGUAAACCCAAACUCCUUCUUAUUCCAGAGCGUUGUAUCUUUCGGAACGAUUGUGAUAGAGAAAGGGGAUAUCGCAUAUCAACGCCAUACUCCAUACUAUAAAGGUUGACCGCCAAAAGUACCUCGCUUUUUCCAGUUAAAUGUAACCGAUAGUGGGAAAGGAAGAAGUACAAGUCUAUGGCAGACGUUAACAUUUGAUAGGAAGACCUGAGUAGCUAUUGGCCGUCAACGAUUUAAUCAGAUGCGGUGCUGGCGCCUAUGCGUGGAAGCCGAAAUCAUGGGCAGGAAACCUCAGUGUGUAAGGAAAAUGUUGACACUCCGGACUGUAAGACAGCACAAAAGUGGCGUGCAUUUAGAUUGACCCAAUCAAGGCGCGACCGGCUUAAACUCUUCCAAGAAUGAGUUACCAAUUAUGCAGGCCAAUUCAAAUUUUGCUCAUUUCCAUCCCAAACCUUCCUGGUUUUUUUAAAAAAAGGCAUGAGACCGAGUGGUGCCGAAAUUCCGAUUACCCUUACAGCAACAAAAAAGUAUGGAUUAGGAUGUCAAAAGAGGUCAGUGCCAAGUGGAGUGCGGGUCUUAAAAAAUUCCAAAACGGACAGCAUUUCGCAUAUAAGUUAAAAACCUGUCAUCAACAUAAGAGCCGAGUUGAAAUGGACUUAGUAAUUGAAUAUAUGUUGCAAUUAUUUCAUUUUCGGAGUUUGCAUAUCCAAAAAAGACCGAGAGUUUCUUGAAGCCAUGCACUGCGAUGAGUCAUGCAUCAAUAGGCACAUCGAGUGAGAUGUCACGUACAAAAAUCUCUGGGAAAGGUGGAGGAGACGAAAGUCAAUCGAUACAGACUGACCCACAGGGCAGCCGCACACUGGCUGAAGCACCAAAUAAAUAUUGAGUUCUCAGCACUUUUGAAAUGUUAAUUGUUUUUUGCGCAUUCACUGGAGUCCGAAUACGACAUAGGGAACCGACGCCGAAAAUUAAUUCGAUAAAGUUUUCUACUUUUUGCAAAGAAGUAUUUGCCUUAAAAAUACAGAUAUAUACAAAAUAUGAAGGAAAUAAAUUCUACAUAAGUUUAACCAACUUUGUUUUGUAAAUUUCCGGCGUCGGUACUCCAGGUGGUCGACAGAGCUGCGGCAAAAAUUUCAAAACAACCAAAAUGUUAAAUGUACCCCAAAAAUGGAUACUACUUUGUCAUUACUGUCGUUAAUACGUCGCUGUGGGCUGAUAUCCCGUUCAAACUGGUCGUUGCCCUAUUCAUUCAUUUUGACAUUAUUUUAUACGGCGUCUAGUUCGAUGUACCGAUGAAUGUACGUGUCAUCCGAAUGUAUGGCUUCUGAAACCUUUCCGCCUCUCGUAGAUGGACGGACACCAGUCAUGAUAGCUUUGUCUGAAGCACAUUUGUGUCCAGUUUCAGCGUCGACAUGGCGAAGUGGGUCAUGUAGUCCAGCCUCUUUGCUCUCAAUUGAUGCUCACGUAGGCGUGUAGAGGACAAGUAUUCAUAGUACACCUCACCGCAGGUAUCUUAUUUAAAUGACAAAUAACUGGUUAUAGUGUACAAGCUCCGUAAUUAGUGUAGUCGUCGGUUUGUGCGUUGCUCAUAUUUGGUGCUUCCUUGAGUGUUUUUCAACGAGUCCGGACAAAUUCUUAACGAUUGGAAGUGUUCACCCGUUACUGGUUGCAGGGAGCGCUCGACGGCCGUAUUACGGAACUCACUCGUAUAUUCCUGCUUUGUGAAUCUCUCCAUUAUCAAAUCAGCAGCCGCACAGCUUCCAAAACUACAGCUACAGUAGGUGGGCUAACCCAUAAAACGUCAACUAAAAUUCCGAAACGUGUUUCCGUUUCGAGAAGAUUGAUUAAAUAACGUUGUAAAACUGACCAGCCUGCAGUAUAAUUCUAUAAUAAUUCAGUUAACUCAGGAUGUCGGCUUUCAAACUAACUUUUCGUCCGGCUGCAUGCAAAACUAUACUCUGUGAAAAACGAUUACUUAUGUAACCUUCAUUUUUCCAUUGAUUUCAAUUAUAUUUGAUGAAAAACGUGCACAUAAAUAUUUAUUCUUAUGCUCAUUCGGUAGUUUUCCCGAAUACGUUUAAGCCCAACCUGCCGUAACACUUGCAUUUAGGGUUUCCAAACUACAAGCCAUAUAUUUCCGCAUACGGAAAACAUUCAUUUCUCAACGUUAUUAAUAGGAGACCAUAUUGGAAUAGUAAACUAUGCAUCGGAUUUGAUUCAUACUCUUAACUCUACAAGCCACAUUGGUAAAUGCAGAGACAUGACGUUUUAUCAACGGCCAUUCCACGGUAUUAAAAAACCUCACAAUAAAAACCUUUUUUAAAACCGAAUUACACCCUUCCUUCAUGUAUAAAAUUGAAAGAGGACGUUAUUUUCUACCUAAUGAGCAAAAGAUUAAAUAUAUUUAUGCAUGUUUUUUAUGGAAUAUAAGCGAAUUUUUAUUGGAAUCGAAAAUCAAUGAAAAAAUGUAUGCUAACUAAGUGGUCAUUUUACACAGAAUUAAGUUUUUCAUGCAGCCGGAAAGAAGUUCGUUUGGAAGCGCACCUUUUGAGGUAACUGAGUUAUUAUAGAAUUAUGGUGUACGAUGAUUAACCCUACUUAAUUAAUCUUUUAGAAAUGAAAGCGCAUACCGGAAUUUUGACUGACAUUUCGUGAGUUAGCACACCUACUGUACUUUCGAAUUCACGUUGUACACCUGAGAGAUACGGCCGGAUAAUUUAAAAGAACACACGGCAUUGACAGAAGCUCAAGUACAUUUUCUGCUGCAACUUACUGUGUUAAAACGGGUGAUGACUCCUUCGCACGCGUUCAUGGGUGCCAGUUAGCCUCUACCUGACAAUAUUAGGCGACUCAGGCAGCCACGCACAUACUAGACACGCAGACCACGCUCGCGUGGGAUAAAAUCCGCAUUGUUGGCGCCUACACAAGAAAGAAAGACCGUCACUUACGUGAGGCCGGACACGCGGAAGGAGCGCGCGUCAGUAGGCACGUGGAAUUAGAUGCCGAAUGCGGAGGUUGGUAUGGAGGAGCGGAUCCGAACACAGCCCAUCCCGAUUGGGUAGUGGAAUGUGAUGGGCGAGUAUUGGCGCAAGUGUUAACCAGUGAAACAACGUUUUGACGGGCCAUGGUUAAAGUGGCAACUGAGUUUGUACAUUGCCCAUGAGUCCGACGUCAACCAGGUGAGCCAGUUUAGAACUACUUUGGGUUGUCUGCUUCUGCCCUUUCGUUCACCAAGAACUCGACCUAUUGCCUAGUACUUUUCCUGCUACCUGGACCAUUGUUUUUGUUGGUUAUAAUCCUAGUCAUUUGCUGUGUGGAUCAGGGGUGUGGAGUGGAACGCCAAGGUGCGGGCUCGACGGUGCCUUCUACCUACGCCCUCCCCCGCUUACGGUCUUCUUGACUCUGUCAUGUCGCCGGGUCCAGGUGGGAGAGGAGGAGGGGGUGCAGUAGAUGUUGUGCAAGUCUACUAUCACUAUAAACUAGUUCACGAGCAAGUCACCGUCCCUACUCUCACUUUGCUGUGGAGCAUACGGUGGACAUCGUCGGAAACAACGGUCGAAUUGUCGAGCGAUGUUUGUAAGUUGAGUACGUGGAGCACACAGCACCAUCAUCAGAGGGUUGGGGCCACCUGCAAUAAUCAUUUGGGGCAGCAGUGGACAAUUGGAAGGCAGACAGUAGCAAAGAAGAUUUCGCCUUUGUGAGUAACGACACGGCAGCACCAACGGAGGCCGUGUGACGAGGUACCACCUAAGCAUUGGUCGUGCCCAGAGCACAAAGACAGUCAAGUCAAGUCGUUGCUAGCAGCAGAAGAACGAAGGCAGGCUUAUGUACGCGAAAAAUCCGAGCGAAGUGUGCUAGUAUGGCAUGUUUAAGUACCCAAUAGACGCCUAUGACCAUCUGAAUGCACGCAGGUACGCAUGCUAAAGUUUGUCCAGCUGUAAACCUGGCACGUCGCGAGUGAAUGGCCUUGGCGCAGCGGGAGGUCUGAACAUAGGAGCCCAGCCUGAUGCUGAUGAUGAUGAUGAUGGUGGUGGUGGUGGUGAUGAUGAUGAUGGUGAUGAUGAUGAUGAUGAUGAUGAUGAUGAUGAUGAUGAUGAUGAUGAUGAUGAUGAUGAUGAUGAUGAUGAUGAUGAUGAUGAUGAUGAUGAUGAUGAUGAUGAUGAUGAUGAUGAUGAUGAUGAUGAUGAUGAUGAUGAUGAUGAUGAUGGCGACGACGACGACGACGACGAACGUAGUCUGCGAGGGCACUUAAUAGGACGAUUCUGA